UUUCACAACACAAGUCAUCAAAACAGUCAAACCACUUCCCGGUCAGGAAAGAGUCACUUCCGCUACACAUUUUGUAACAACCAGUUUUUCAGCGGCCGAAGGAUUUGGAAACCCUACGGUAAGGAUGCUGACCUUGUCGCGCAUCCUUGUCAGCGGUGCUGCACGCGCUCCAGCUGCUGCAGCAGUUGCCGCAAGUCAGAAUGGAACAACAGUUAUCACGCGCUUCAACAGCACCGCUGCUCAGCAGCAGGAAAAGCCCAAGAAGACGAAGUUUGGCCCUUUGGCUGACGAAGACAGAAUCUUCACCAAUUUGUAUGGCAGACAUGACUGGAGGCUGAAGGGGGCACAGAGCCGUGGAGACUGGUACAAGACCAAAGAGAUCCUGCUGAAGGGUGUGGACUGGAUCCUCAACGAGGUCAAGACCUCUGGCCUGAGGGGCCGCGGAGGUGCAGGCUUCCCCACCGGCAUGAAGUGGGGCUUCAUGAACAAACCCAGCGAUGGCAGGCCCAAGUACCUGGUGGUGAACGCUGACGAGGGUGAGCCUGGCACCUGCAAAGACAGGGAGAUCAUGCGUCACGACCCCCACAAGCUGGUGGAGGGCUGCCUGGUGGCUGGCAGGGCCAUGGGCGCCCGCGCCGCCUACAUCUACAUCCGCGGAGAGUUCUACAACGAGUCCUCCAACCUGCAGGUGGCCAUCAACGAGGCCUAUGCUGCUGGUCUAAUCGGCAAGAACGCCUGUGACUCCGGCUACGACUUUGACGUGUUUGUGAUGCGCGGGGCUGGUGCCUACAUCUGUGGUGAAGAGACCGCUCUCAUCGAGUCCAUUGAAGGCAAACAGGGAAAGCCACGACUAAAGCCUCCCUUCCCUGCUGACGUUGGUGUGUUUGGUUGCCCAACGACUGUCGCCAAUGUAGAAACUGUGUCCGUGGCGCCUACUAUUUGCCGUCGCGGUGGCUCGUGGUUUGUAGGCCUGGGCCGUGAGAGGAAUUCAGGAACAAAGCUUUUCAACAUCUCCGGACAUGUGAACACCCCAUGCACAGUAGAGGAGGAGAUGUCCAUCCCACUCAAGGAGCUUAUUGAGAGGCAUGCAGGUGGCGUACGUGGGGGAUGGGAUAACCUGCUGUGUGUGAUCCCCGGUGGCUCGUCCACUCCUCUCAUUCCCCGUCACGUCUGUGAUGACGUGCUCAUGGACUUCGACGGUCUCAUCCAGGCUCAGACCGGCCUGGGAACAGCCGCCCUCAUUGUCAUGGACAAGUCUACGGACGUGAUCAGAGCCAUCGCUCGCCUGAUCGAGUUCUACAAGCACGAGAGCUGUGGCCAGUGCACACCAUGCAGAGAAGGUGUGGACUGGAUGAAUAACAUGAUGUGGAGGUUCGUGAAGGGUGACGCCCGUGAGGCAGAAAUCGACAUGAUCUGGGAGAUCAGCAAGCAGAUCGAGGGUCACACCAUCUGCGCUCUGGGAGACGGUGCCGCCUGGCCUGUGCAGGGCUUGAUCCGUCAUUUCCGCCCAGUCAUGGAGAGCCGCAUUGCAGAGUUCAAACAGAAGAAGCAGGCCAGGGCUUAAAUCACAACAAGAAUGGACACAAGUGGACGCACAUCUCACUAUUAGUUAUUGUUAUUUAAAGUGAAUUUCAUGGCCCACCGCGGUUACCCACCGUGCUGCCUCCUUUCUUCGCCUUGUCUGUUGGCAAUCGCUCCAGAGUUCAAAGAACCUUAAACGUAGAUAUUUAGAAUGCCCGGAUCAUGGGCGAUUGCCUCCAUCAUGCCAACCUAUCCAUGCCUACCCAUUACUGUAUGUCAUCACUCGAAGCCUUUGACUCUUCCAUGAAUGAAUAAAUGUACGAGUCGAGCUCA